AUGGACGAUGAACCUACGCUGCUACUGAACAUGUGCGGUGAACCCACGCCGCUACUGAACAUGUGCGGUGAACCCACUCCACUACUGAACAUGUGCGGUGAACCCACUCCACUACUGAACAUGUGCGGUGAACCCACCCCGCUACUGAAAAUGGACGGUGAACCCAUGCCGCUACUGAACAUGUGCGGUGAACCCACCCCGCUACUGAACAUGUGCGGUGAACCCAUGCCGCUACUGAACAUGGACGGUGAAUCUGCAAACACGUUUCAAAAGAUGUUUCUUAAUGUAGACUCAGACCCAUCGCCUAUUUAA